AUGAAAAGAGAUUGGAGGGUUCUAACACCCAUGUUCGUUUUGUUUGUUAUUGAAUUCUCUAAAUUUACCAUAGCUCAAGAUUAUGGUGGUGGUGAUGAUUCAACACCACCUGCACCACCCCCUGCACAAGACAACUGCAAUGGGAUCUUUGUAUCCUACGACUUCAUUUCACGACACAAAAUAUAUCCACUCCUCAAGAAUGCAGAGAAACAAGCAUGGGCUUUCAAUUCUACGGCAACCAUAAUCAACACCGGCGCUUACGAACUCAAAGCAUGGAAGAUAUAUGUAGGUUUUCAACACAAAGAACUUCUAGUUGCUGCAAAUGGAGCGGUUCUUGUGAACGGUGAGGAUUUCCCGGCUGAGGUUGGAACUAAUGGGACUUACUUUUCUGGUGCUCAACAAACAGAUUUGAAAACAUCCAUAAGCACAGGCGGAGAUUAUACACAAAUUCAAGCAACGAUUCAAUUAAGUGGCACUCAGUUUGGGGUUAAACCAUCUGUGACCCCAAUGCCUAAAACAAUACGCCUUGUUAACGAUGGAUUCAAGUGCCCCUCACCAACCAAAAAAAAGACAUCAAUGACUGUAUGUUGCGUUAGGAAUCCGAAAAGCAAGGUCACAACCAAAGCGAUCAAGUACUUGCCUCGCCAAAAGGGUGAUCUAUCACUUUCUUAUGAUGUAGUUCAAGCAUAUGGGAACAACUAUCAAGCUCAGGUGACAAUCGAGAGUACUAGCGCUUUGGGACAUUUGGAUCAUUGGAACAUAAGCUGGGAAUGGAUGAGAGGAGAAUUCAUUCAAACUAUGAAAGGAGCUUAUACACAUAAAAUGGAUUAUUUGCCUUGUAUUUAUGGUCCUCCUGGACAAUACUACCAACAAAUGGACUUUUCGAAGGUUAUGAACUGUGAAAAGAAUCCCACAAUUGCUGAUCUUCCUAGGGAGAGAUCAAACGACAGUGAAGUUGGAAGAAUACCUUAUUGUUGUAGAAAUGGUAGUCUCUUGUCUCCAGUAAUGAACGCAACUGAAGCCAAGUCUGUUUUCCAAAUGCAAGUGUUCAAGCUACCUCCUGACUUGGAACGAACGACAUUGUACCCUCCCGAAAAAUGGAAGGUUUCUGGGGUGCUUAGUGCUGAAUACAAAUGCGGGCAACCUAUCAGGGUCGAUUCUUCUGAAUUUCCAGAUCCAAGUGGUCUUCAAGCUUCAACAUUAGCAAUUGCAAGCUGGCAAGUGAUCUGCAACAUUACAAAGCCAGAAAGUAAGAAAAAUAAGUGUUGUGUUUCUUACUCUUCUUACUAUAAUGAAUCUAUCAUACCCUGCAACACAUGUGCCUGUGGUUGCACUAAUACUAAGAAAUGCAACCCUUCUGCCCGAGCCAUGUUUCUACCUCCUGAAGCUCUUCUUGUACCGUUCAAGAAUAGAUCGGCGCUUGCGGCAGCGUGGGCGAAAAUCAAACAUUUUCAUGUGCCAAAGCCACAACCUUGUGGUGACAAUUGUGGAGUUAGCAUCAAUUGGCAUGUAUCAUCAGAUUACAGUGAUGGAUGGACAGCUAGAAUCACAUUGUUCAAUUGGAUGCCAAUCAAUUUCGAAGAUUGGUUCACCGCAGUGCAAAUGAAAAAGGGUGGUGGACGUGGCUUUGAAAAUGCCUACUCCAUGAAUGGAACCAAACUGCCUGAUAUGAAUAAUCUCAUCUUCCUCCAAGGCUUGAAGGGUCUAAACUUCUUGGUGAUGCAGACAAAUGGAACAAAACCUAAUAGUCCCAAGGUUCCUGGAAAGCAACAAUCUGUGAUUUCCUUUAAAAAGGCUCAGACUCCGGGCAUACAAGUAGCCAAAGGGGAUGGCUUUCCUGCAAAAGUGUAUUUCAAUGGGGAAGAAUGUGCGCUUCCUUCAACAAUCCCAUCAUAUGGAAACCGGAAACAUGUAAAUUUGAUAGUUUUAAUUAUUCUUUCACUUCUGACUUUUGCGAUGUAA